CACGUGUUAGCCCUCGGCAAAGCGUGUCAAUGCUCGCCAUCAGGAGCUGGCCCAUCUCGAUUGUUCGCAACUGUCGUGCGCCCAUGUCGAGCUCUGUGUCUGUCUCCCAGGCGUCGUCGUCUGACACGCCCGGGGGAGGUCCCGUGGAGAGGUCGAUCCGGGAGAAGCUCACUUGCUUGCUCAGCCCGUCUGAGCUGAGCAUUACCAAUGACUCAUGGCAGCAUCGCCAUCAUGCCGCCAUGAGAGCUCAAGGUGGCCCAACCGGGGAAACACACUUUUCCGUCCAGGUCGUUUCAGAGGAGUUCCGGGGCAAGACGACGAUGCAGAGGCAUCGCAUGAUCUACGCAGCCCUCUCGGAACAGUUGUCUCAGGGACUGCAUGCGCUAUCAUUGAAGACAAAGACCCCUGAAGAACAGGAGAAGGCGGGGGCGUCGUGACCAUACGAUUGAUUGUUUGAGAUUUGUUGCCGCAUGUUCAAGGUGAUCUGUGCCCGUUAUGAUGAUGUUUAGCGUGGCACAGGUGGUCACGCUCGCUAAUGGGCGGAAUACGAUCGUUGUGCGCUUUAUAUUGAUGAGUGUCCUUCCGUACCUAGCGGAGGUGUUGGUGAGAUGGCUGAGCAAUGUUCAAUUCGAGAGAGUACCCCGGAUUGCUCCGCGAUUCGUGA